UGAUGAGACUACAGAUGCUAAAAUUUCAACUGUUAUACGCCGUGAUCUAUUGAUCCUUUAUAAAUUUAUUGAAUGUGACAAUUAUCGGUUCAUAACGGAGCUAAUAGAGCUAUUGGUUAAAUAUCAGAAACCCGAUAGCUUUUAUAAUUUUACUGAUAGCUCUAUCAGUUCCGAUAUGAACCUAGAAAUGACAUGA